AUGAACUCAGUAAAGGGUGUCGUAGCUGCUUCUCGGAGCGCUCUGCGCCACACCGGAACCAAACCACGCCCAUCCUCCAAAGCACCAAUCUCGACCUCAUCACGAUGGCAGUCCGCACAAGCUUCCCGUAACAUCCACCAACAUGCGCCUCGGAAAGCGCAAGCUGCUGCAGCUGUCGAGCCCACGAAUCCUGCGCUCUCCUUCCCAUGCCUUGACGCCGUAGAGUUACGCUCCGCAUCCCUUCAACGCCGGUCGACCGCUGGCCCUGAGCCCUCCUAUACCACUGGCCGACACCUCAACUUCCACUCGAAGCAGCCGCUAUUGCUGGACUGGGGCGGCAUACUGCCAGAGUUCAACAUAGCGUACGAGACCUGGGGCGAGCUAAACGAGGACCGGAGCAAUGUCAUCCUGCUACACACAGGCUUGUCCGCAUCGAGCCACGCUCAUAGCACAGAAGCCAACCCGAAGCCAGGGUGGUGGGAGAAAUUCAUUGGACCUGGCCGGCCAGUGGACACCGACAGAUACUUUGUCAUCUGCACGAACGUCAUUGGUGGCUGCUACGGCUCGACGGGACCUUCUUCUCGCGAUCCUGCCAAUGGCGAGCGCUAUGCGACGCGCUUCCCCAUUCUUACAAUGGAGGACAUGGUGCGGGCACAAUUCCGGCUGCUGGACCAUCUGGGCAUCGACAAGCUGUACGCCAGUGUGGGUUCAAGCAUGGGCGGCAUGCAGAGUUUAGCGGCUGGCGUGCUGUUUCCAGAGCGCGUUGGGCGCAUCGUAAGCAUAAGCGGCUGUGCGAGGAGUCAUCCCUACAGCAUCGCGAUGCGGCAUACGCAGCGGCAGGUCCUCAUGAUGGACCCCAACUGGUCCCGUGGCUUCUACUACGACCGCAUCCCCCCCCACGGCGGCAUGAAACUCGCGCGCGAAAUCGCGACCGUGACCUACCGCAGCGGUCCUGAAUGGGAGCAGCGUUUCGGCCGGCGGCGCGCCGACCCCUCGCGGCCGCCAGCCCUCUGCCCAGACUUCCUCAUCGAGACGUACCUUGACCACGCGGGCGAGAAAUGGUGUCUAGAGUACGACGCCAACAGCCUGCUCUAUGUCUCCAAGGCCAUGGACCUGUUUGAUUUGGGGCUCGAGCACCGCAAUAUGAUGAUAGCAUCAAGAGCGAAGAACCAGGAGAAGCUGGCGGCGUUUCAGGCGGGGAGGGAAACCGCGCGGGAGAGUACGAACAGCGACGCGUGCAGUCUUACGCUGCCGGAGACGCCGUAUGAGGAGCAGGACGCGCCUUCCGCGUCGCUCGUGGAGCCGUCGAAUGAGCCUGCGGUGCAGGUGGACGCGCACGAACCGCCGGCGGACUUGGUGGCGGGGAUGAGGCCGCUGGCUAAUACGCCGACGUUGGUGAUGGGUGUGGCGAGUGAUAUUCUGUUCCCGGCGUGGCAGCAGAGGGAGAUUGCGGAGACGCUGAGGAGGGCGGGGAAUAAGACGGUUAAGCAUGUGGAGCUGGGAGAGGAGAAGAGUCUGUUUGGGCACGAUACUUUUUUGCUAGAUCUUGAGGGGGUUGGGGGGAAUGUUAAGGAAUUUUUGGCUUGA